CUCAGGGUUGGUGAUUGGCUAUUCUAUGACUCCGCCCACCCUUGACAGCCCCAAAGAAGACCUUGUGAUCCACGCAGAUGAAACACUGACCAUUACAUGCAGGGGUCAGCGUACUCUGUCCUGGGUGUGGCCUGAGACGACCCUGGUGGGAGAGGAGCUGACUGAUCGUCAGGCCGGCCCAGGCCCAGCAGAGCCCCAGGGAGAGAGGCCGAGACUGGGUCUGGAACCCUGUUUGUACCCCUGGGGCUGGAGUUGUGGGAGACCACCCCGUGGCCGGGGAGGAGGCUGGUACCCCUGGGGCUGGAGUUGUGGGAGACCACCCGUGGCCGGGGAGGAGCUGGUACGCCUGCUUCUGUCCCUGUCCAGAGAAGGGAUCAGCAUCCUGGAGUGUCCAGGGGAGCCUGGAAGGCCUUAUUGCAAGACCCUGGUCCUCACUGGAGCUAAAAGGAAUUAACGGGUUACUACCGCUGUUACUACAGAGAUGUCAAAGCUGUCAUCGACGGGACCACGGCUGUUGCAGUAUAUGUGUUUG